AUGGCACAGCCAAAAAUUGUACCUCCUGGACCAGACAGCUUUUGCCAUUUUACUAGCGAAUCUCUUAAAGCUAUAGAAAGGCGCAUUGAAGAAGAAAAUGCUAAGAAAUCAAAACAGGAACAAAGAGGUGAUGAAGAGAAUGGUCCAAAACCAAACAUUGACUUAGGAGCUGGUAAAACAUUGCCAUUUAUAUAUGGGGACAUACCUCCAGGAAUGGUGUCAAAGGCCUUGGAAGAUCUUGAUCCAUAUUAUGCCAAUAAGAAAACUUUCAUAGUAUUGAAUAAAGGGAAGACAAUCUUUCGCUUCAGCGCCACACCUGCAUUGUACAUUUUAACCCCUUUCAACCCUGUGCGAAAAGUGGCUAUAAAGAUUUUGGUACACUCUUUAUUCAGCCUGCUAAUCAUGUGCACUAUUUUGACUAAUUGCGUGCUCAUGGCCAAGAACAGCACUUCAGACUGGGCGAAGAUUCUGGAGUAUACGUUUACUGCCAUCUAUACUUUAGAGGCAGUGAUAAAAAUACUUGCACGGGGCUUCUGCCUAGAAAUAUUUACAUUCCUGAGAGAUCCCUGGAACUGGCUUGACUUCACUGUCAUUGUAAUGGCAUAUGUAACAGAAUUUAUAGACCUAGGCAAUGUUUCAGCUCUUCGAACUUUCAGAGUAUUGAGAGCUUUGAAAACGAUUUCUGUAAUCCCAGGACUAAAGACUAUUGUGGGAGCGCUGAUUCAGUCAGUUAAGAAGCUUUCAGAUGUCAUGAUUCUUACAGUGUUCUGUCUCAGCGUAUUUGCACUCAUAGGGCUGCAGCUUUUCAUGGGACACUUGAGAAAUAAGUGUGUGCUCUGGCCUUAUGAGGCAAAUGUAGACAUAAAAGUAUUUUCCCAUAGGAAUCAAGUCAUAUUUUACAAACUGGAAGGUCAGAAAGAUCCUCUGCUUUGUGGUAACUCCUCAGAUGCUGGACAGUGUCCAGAUGGUUACGUGUGUCACAAAACUGGAAAAAAUCCUAACUAUGGCUACACGAGCUUUGAUUCCUUUGGCUGGGCUUUCUUAUCACUUUUUCGGCUAAUGACUCAAGAUUAUUGGGAAAAUCUUUACCAGCAGACAUUAAGAGCUUCUGGCAAAACCUAUAUGAUCUUUUUUGUGCUGGUGAUUUUCUUGGGCUCCUUCUACUUGGUCAAUCUGAUCUUGGCUGUGGUUGCUAUGGCUUAUGAGGAACAGAAUCAGGCAACACUAGAAGAAGCAGAACAGAAAGAAGCAGAAUUUCAGAAAAUGCUUGAACAAUUACGGAGACAACAAGAGGAAGCUCAGAACACAGCUGCAGCUGUUAUAGAAGCAUGGGCUGGGUCACAAGAAUUCAGUGAUGAUAUCAGGCAAGAAGAAAAUUCUGAUACCUCAUCUUGUAUAUCAGUUCUGAGUACUAAGAGUGCCAAAGAAAGGACGAACCGGAAAAAGCGACGACAACAGUCACUGCUGAGCCACCACAGCCCUUUGUUUUCUUCAAGACGAAAUAGCAGAAGCAGCAUUUACAGCUUUAGAGAUCAUGCUAAAGAUGUAGGGUCAGAAAAUAAUUUUGCUGAUGACGAGCACAGCACUUUUGAAGAUAAUUGGAGUAGAAGGGAUUCUCUUUUCGUGCCUGGAAGACAAAGAGAGCGCUGUAAUAGCAACAUUAGUCAGACAAGCAGAUCAUCUAGAAAUGUGCCUCUACUUUCAAUGAAUGGAAAAAUGCACAGUACUGUGGACUGUAAUGGAGUGGUUUCUCUGGUUAGUGGAUCAUGCGCUCCUAUUGGACUUUUCCAAGAGGGAACUACUACAGAGAUUGAUGUAAUAAAGAGAAGGGGGUCAUACAAAAUGUCCAUGGAUCUGCUGGAAUUUCCAACUUUACAGCAAAGAGCCUUAAGUUUAGCAAGUGUAAUAACAAAUACAAUGGAAGAGCUUGAAGAAUCAAGGCAAAAAUGUCCCCCUUGUUGGUAUCAAUUUGCUAAAACCUUUUUAAUCUGGGACUGCAGUGAAAGAUGGCUGAACGUGAAACAGAUUGUAAAGCUAAUUGUGAUGGACCCAUUUGUAGAUCUUGCUAUAACAAUCUGUAUUGUGUUAAACACUCUAUUCAUGGCUAUGGAACAUUUUCCAAUGACACAAAACUUUGGUGAUGUUCUAUCUAUAGGGAACCAGGUUUUCACUGGCAUAUUUACAGCUGAAAUGGUAUUUAAGCUGAUUGCCCUAGAUCCAUACUAUUAUUUUCAAAAAGGAUGGAAUAUUUUUGAUGGAAUCAUUGUGAGCAUUAGCUUGGUGGAUAUUGCACUAUCAAGCUCUCGAGGAUUUGCAGUUCUUCGGUCAUUUAGAUUGCUUCGUGUGUUCAAGCUUGCAAAAUCAUGGCCUACACUAAACAUGCUGAUAAAGAUUAUAGGCAACUCUGUAGGAGCAUUGGGAAACCUGACCUUGGUGUUAGCUAUUAUUGUAUUUAUUUUUGCUGUGGUUGGCAUGCAGCUGUUUGGUAAAAGUUACAAGGAUUGUGUCUGCAAACUAAACGAAAACUGUGAACUUCCUCGGUGGCAUAUGAAUGACUUCUACCAUUCUUUCCUUAUUGUGUUCCGAGUUUUAUGUGGGGAAUGGAUAGAAACUAUGUGGGACUGCAUGGAGGUUUCAGGACAAGCUAUGUGCAUCAUUGUUUUUAUGUUGGUGAUGGUCAUUGGAAAUCUAGUGGUACUGAAUUUGUUUUUGGCUUUGCUUUUAAGCUCGUUCAGUUCCGAAAAUCUUUCUGCAACAGAUGAUGACAAGGAAAUGAAUAAUCUACAGAUUGCAGUGGCGAGAAUAAAGAGGGGAGUUCGCUAUGUUAAAAAGUGUUUAAAUGACUUCUUCCAAAUAUUAUUUUUCAAAAGUCUAAAUAACAUUAAGCAACACGAAGAACUUCAGAACAAUAAAGAUAGCUGCCUGAACAAUGCUAUUGUGGAUAUAACAAAGGAGCAAAAUUGCAAAAGAGAUGGAAACGGAACUAACAGCGGGAUAGGCAGUAGUGUUGAAAUAAAUGAACAUGAAGAAAAAGAAUAUACAAACAUUGCCAACAAUCAACACCUCACUGUAGCUGUGCCUAUUGCUAUAGGAGAGUCAGAUUUCGAACAUGUUAACACAGAAGACUUCAGUAGUGAAUCAGAGCCAGAAGAAAGCAAAGAGAAAUUGAAGAUUUCCAGUCCAUCAGAGGGAAGCACUAUUGACCUAAGAUCACUUGGAGGAGAACAUAUAAUGAUUGAUAAUGAGUUUGAUGGGGCCCUUGAUCCUGAGCCAUGUUUUAAUGAAUACUGUGUAAGGAACUGUGUGUGCUGUCAAAUCAGCACAGAAGAUGGAAUUGGCAAAACCUUUUGGAAUCUCAGGAAAACCUGCUACACUAUUGUUGAACACAACUGGUUUGAAUCAUUCAUUAUUUUUAUGAUCCUUCUUAGCAGUGGUGCCUUGGCAUUUGAAGACAUUCAUAUUGAAAAAAAUAAAAAUCUCAAAACAGUGUUGGAAUUCACUGAUAAAGUCUUCACCUACAUUUUUAUAUUAGAAAUGAUGCUCAAAUGGGUGGCAUAUGGAUUUGUAAAAUAUUUCACUAAUGCCUGGUGCUGGUUAGACUUCGUGAUUGUUGAUAUCUCUUUGAUCUGCCUUACUGCUAAUGCCUUGGGAUACUCACAUUUAGGGGCAAUCAAGUCACUUAGAACACUAAGAGCACUGAGACCUCUUAGAGCCCUCUCACGUUUUGAAGGCAUGAAGGUGGUUGUGAAUGCCCUUCUUGGAGCUAUUCCAUCUAUUAUGAAUGUGCUACUUGUUUGCCUUAUUUUCUGGCUAAUUUUCAGUAUCAUGGGCGUAAACCUACUUGCCGGCAAGUUCUACGAGUGCAUCAAUUUCACAACGGGAAUACGAUUUAGUAUCUCAGAUGUAAAAAAUAUAACCGAUUGUAACGCAUUAUCAAAUGUAUCUGCACGAUGGAGAAAUGUUCCAGUUAAUUUUGAUAAUGUUGCAGCGGGAUACCUUGCUUUGCUUCAAGUGGCCACCUUUAAAGGAUGGACAGAAAUUAUGUAUGCAGCUGUUGAUUCCAGAGGGCAAAAUGAACAACCAAAAUAUGAGGAGAAUCUAUAUAUGUAUAUUUAUUUUGUAGUCUUCAUUAUAUUUGGAUCAUUCUUCACAUUGAAUCUCUUCAUUGGUGUCAUAAUUGAUAAUUUUAACCAACAAAAAAGGAAGAUAAGUGGGCAAGAUAUUUUCAUGACAGAGGAACAGAAGAAGUAUUAUAAUGCAAUGAAAAAACUAGGAUCAAAAAAACCACAAAAACCUAUUCCCAGACCCAUGAAUGUUUUCCAGGGUUUGGUUUUUGAUAUCGUAACUAAGCAAGUAUUUGAUAUCUUUAUAAUGGUGCUUAUCUGCCUUAACAUGAUCACCAUGAUGAUUGAAACAGAUGAUCAGAGCCCAGAAAUGGAAAAUAACCUAUACUGGAUAAAUGUCGUCUUUAUAGCUCUUUUCACCGGAGAAUUUCUUCUCAAAUUGAUUGCCCUGCGUUAUUAUUACUUCACUAUAGGCUGGAACAUAUUUGAUUUAGUUGUGGUGAUUCUCUCUAUUGUAGGUAUGUUUCUGUCAAACUUGAUUGAAAAAUAUUUUUUUUCACCAACUUUAUUUAGAGUUAUACGCCUUGCUAGAAUUGGGAGAAUUCUGCGCCUCAUCAAAGGAGCAAAGGGAAUUCGUACAUUACUUUUUGCUUUAAUGAUGUCCCUUCCUGCCUUGUUCAAUAUAGGUCUUCUUCUAUUCUUAGUAAUGUUCAUUUAUGCAAUUUUUGGAAUGUCCAACUUUGCCUAUGUUAAGAAAGAAACUGGAAUUGAUGAUAUGUUCAACUUUGAAACUUUUGGCAACAGCAUGAUCUGCUUAUUCCAGAUCACGACAUCUGCUGGGUGGAAUUAUUUGCUUGCGCCAAUGCUAAACAGUGGACCACCAGACUGUGACCCAAAUAAAGAACAUCCAGGGAGUUCUGCUAAAGGUGAUUGUGGCAAUCCUUCAGUUGGAAUUUUCUUCUUUGUCAGUUAUAUAAUUAUAUCAUUUUUAAUUGUGGUAAACAUGUACAUUGCAGUGAUUUUGGAAAAUUUCAGUGUUGCUACUGAAGAGAGUGCAGAACCACUGGGAGAAGAUGAUUUUGAGAGGUUUUAUGAAGUUUGGGAAAAGUUUGACCCAACUGCUUCACAAUUUAUUGAAUAUAAUAAGCUUUCUGAUUUUGCAGAUGAAUUAGAUCCACCUCUGCGUGUACCUAAACCAAAUAAUAUUCAGCUCAUUGCUAUGGAUCUGCCUAUGGUAAGUGGGGACAGAAUUCACUGCCUUGAUAUCCUGUUUGCAUUUGCAAAGCGUGUAUUAGGAGAAGGUGGAGAGAUGGAUUCUCUUCGUCAACCAAUGGAAGAGCGUUUUAUGGAAGCCAAUCCUUCAAAAGUUCCCUACGAACCAAUCACCACCACCUUAAGACGAAAACAGGAGGAACUGUCUGCUAUAACAAUCCAGCAUUGGUACCGGAAGUGCCGCUUAAGAAAAAUGGAGCAAGAUGUCAUUGUCAAAAUAAGAAAGCAAAAAAUUGGCUUAAUUAAGUCUAAAAACUCUAAAACAGAAACAGCAGAUAUGUCAGCUUUCUUAACUUUACCACCUUCCUACGGUAGUGUAAAAAAGUAUCCAAAAAGAAAAUUAUUAUAA